AAUGAGUUAGUCGCCCGCAUCACCUGAUAAGGGUCGCACGUUGACAUCGUGCACUGGCCUCCACCACGUGUUGUGGAGCUGUGCUAAGUCGCGCGUCGGACGAUUUUCUCGAAAUUUUCGUAUUGGUUCAUAUUUACUGCAUUAGUGCGCUGUGGUUUUGGCAACUGCCCUCUGGAUCCCGUCACUUUGUGAAGUGCGAGACAGGACGUUCCGACGUAACUUUCUUGUGACCAAAAAUUUUACUUUAGAACAAGAAAUUUCAUUUAAACUUGACAAGAAGGAAAGGGAAAAAUAAGUCCGCUGUUUUUAUGAAUGAAUCGACGGACCGUGGCUCAUGGAUUACUCAGAUAAUAAACUUUAGAGAUGUAUAUAAAAAUAUGAUGUGAAAAUAGAAUUUCUUGUGAUUGAUAGUGAUAUAACAACUUGGGAGGAACCGAUAUACGGAACGAAGUGCGCCGAAUAAAAAGAGAAAUAAAACUCGAUCAAUUAUUUUGUGUGAAGUGUCCAGGAAUGUGGUACAAGAAUGAACGCUGAAAAGAAGCCGAGUCUUGAGGCCAGAAAAGAAAAACCAUGACUCGUAGUGCCAGCUUCGGGGACUGACCGUUGAGUUGUUGUGGCAACCGAGGAAGAAAAAAAGAGAGAGAGGGAGAGAGAGAGAGAGAGAGAGCAGGGGGAAGAGAGAAAAACAGAAAUAGAGGCAAAGCGGAGUAAAAGUGAGGGAGAGAAAACGACCAGUCGUGAGGGCCGAGUCUUUUGGACCUUCUGCUGGACUCCGCUCCUCCUGAAGAUGCAACCGCCUUCUGCAGUCAGGGCGAUCGUCUUUUUGGGUGUUGUGGGACUCGUGUCUAUCGCAGGGGCUGAAGGAGGAGGCGGUUCCGUCGAAGAAGGGAGAGGGCCUGUGUUCCUGCACGAGCCUCCGUCUCGCCUCCACUUCUCCAACACCACAGGCGCCCUUCUUCCUUGCUCCGCCCACGGCAACCCCCCGCCCCGAGUCGAAUGGCUGACAGGGGGCGAAGUAGUGACCGAGGUGGCGGACGUGCGAGUCGUGCAUACAAAUGGCUCUUUGCAGUUUUUGCCGUUUCCCCCGUACGCCUACACGGCAGUUGUGCACGCCGCCACCUACUCCUGUCGUGCCUCUUCCUCGGCUGGUACCAUUCUGUCGCGCCCGGUUCACGUGCGAGCUGUUGUGCGACAGUAUUACGAAGUACAGGUCUACGACGAAUUUGUCAUCAGUGGCAACACUGCAGUCAUCAAGUGUCACGUCCCCUCCUUCGUCAGGGACUACGUUAGCGUCACUUCCUGGGUCAGAGGCAACGGAGAGAGGAUUGUCUCCGACGUUCUCACAGGAGGCCGGUAUUCCGUGUUCGGGACCGGAGAACUUCACAUCCGUCACGUGACCAAAGCUGACGAGUUCCAGUCCUACCACUGCGAGACGCAACACGUCCUCACCGGAGAGACGACCGUCUCCGCUGUAGCCGGCAGGCUGAUGGUCAACGAACCCAGGUCAUCUGUUCCGCCGAGAAUAACCGACUCUCGUUCUACUGUUACGGCGUCUGUGCGGGACACCGUGGAACUCCCCUGUGCUGCUCAAGGAUAUCCUAUUCCUCAGUACCAGUGGCAUCGCAUCUCCGGGAAGGUCGAGGUAGCCGUCGUGCAGGAUGGGCGGAUUCAGCAGGUCGGAGGGUCCCUCCUCAUCCGGCAGGUCACCGCGGCAGAUGCUGGCAGAUAUGUGUGUGUUGUGUCCAGCAGCGUCGAUUCCGAACGCGCCCAUACCACUCUGGAAGUUUGGGCACCCCUGACGGCCCACAUCAGCCCCCAAGUUCAGACUGUAGACGUUGGCGGCGUGGCCACAUUCAACUGUUCUCCCGAAGGAUUCCCCCAGGAUACCAUCACUUGGCUAAAGGAUGGAGAACCUCUGGAGGUCUCUGACCGAGUGAGAGUAGUGAGAGAGAGAAGCGUGGUCAUCGAGGACGUCCAGAGGGAUGACCGGGGCAUGUACCAGUGUCUGGUCUCCAAUCUAGAAGGAACAGCUCAAGGGUCAGCCCAGCUGAAACUCGGAGAUGCUGCGCCCCAGUGGUUAGACACCAGCGGUCCACAGGUUGUAUCACCAGGGGCUACUGUGACUCUUGUAUGUGUAGUUCAGGGGUCACCGCCCCCUGCCCUUUCGUGGACUUUGAGAGGACUUCCAGCCUUAACAUCUGAUCCGAGAAUUAGUGUCUCUCAGAGCGUGGAUGGCGAGAAGGUCACGGGCCGUUUGAAUAUCAGCAGUGUCAGAGUGGAAGACGGCGGCCAGUGGAGCUGUCUGGCUGAGAAUCGCGCGGGAAAAGUGGAUCACACUGGACGCCUAAAUGUGCGGGGUCCCCCUUCCAUACGGCCCAUGAGGCCAGUCAGUGUCGUGGCUGGCAGAACGGCUCGGUUCAACUGCAUAGUCGCCGGAUUCCCCAUAGAAUCCAUAUACUGGGAAAAGAAUGGCGUUGUAUUGCCAGUCUCCGACCGCCAAGAAGUUCAUCCAAAUGGCACGCUGGAAGUCCAUGAAGUUUCCAGAGAAGCAGACAGUGGCCAGUAUACUUGCGUCGCCGUUGCUGGUGAAAACACCGCCAGAGCGAACUUACAAGUCAAUGUGAUGGUGCCCCCCCUCAUCGACGAAAGGAUCUUCUCGUUGGGCUCUGGAUUUCCUGCCAAGUCAAAGGCGAGGAUUAUGUGUGUGGUGGAGAGGGGGGACCUCCCCCUCACCUUCACGUGGACGCACGAUGGCCGACCCCUCACUCCUGGCCCCACCAUCUCCGUCAGGGCUUUGGAUGAGUUCACCAGCGUCCUCCUGUUCGAUUCCCUUCGGAAAGAAGACGGUGGCAAGUACACUUGCACUGCAACCAACGCCGUUGCUUCGAGUUCCAGAACUGUCAAACUGGUCGUAAAAGUUGCCCCCACCUGGAAACUUGAGCCUGAUGAUUCUUCGGUUGUCGUGGGCUCUGACUUGGUCAUUCCUUGCGCCGCCCACGGCUCUCCAUCGCCCACCAUCACUUGGAGACGAGCUGAGGGAGCCGUCCCCAGGCAGUAUCGGCCUGUGACUACUUUGGGAGAUAAUGUGGAUGUUGCCAUGAAUAGCAGUCUGGUGAUCAUGAGCAUCAAAAGGGACCAAGGAGGAGAGUUCCUCUGCAGUGCUUCUAACGGCGUCGGAUCUGACCUUUCCAAGUCCGUCAGGGUCACGGUCAAAGUGCCGCCGCAAUUUGAAGAACACGAAGAAAACGUGACCGUGACGGCGGGGCAACGGGCCCGGCUGACCUGCGAAUCCCACGGCGACCUUCCCAUCACUGCCAUCUGGUCGGCGGGGAAUCCUCCCACCAGGAUCUCCAGUUCGGACUCGAGCAAAGGCCGCCUGACCAUCAAAGAGACAAUCCUCAGCGACGACUCCUCCCUGUCGUCCCCUUCGUCCUCGUCCGCGUCAGCCGGUUCCCUCAACGAGGAGGAAGAAGAAGGCUUUCGGUCCGUGCUCACUGUCAACACCAAGUCCCGCCACGACUCCAAGGUCUUCUUCUGCCUCGCUUCCAACAUUUACGGCAACGACACCAAGAAGGUCAAUCUCAUUGUCCAAGAGGUUCCAGGGACACCAGGAACACCCCGCGUCGUGGACAGUGGGUCCAGAUCUGUCAACAUCACGUGGUCACCUCCGUCCCAUGACGGGAAUUCGGUUAUUUCCAUCUAUCGAAUUUUGAUUAUCAAUAGCACAGAUUCUUGGAUGAACGUUGGCCGCAUCAAGACCAUGGAAGUAUCGAGACCGGUAGCUCGGGUUACAGGUCUGAAACCCGCCCACACAUACCUCGUAAGAGUGGUGGGCGUGAACUCAGUAGGAGCGUCUCCGCCAAGUCCUGAAGUCAAGAUGGCGACCGCUCAUGAGCCACCCACCAAGCCAGCCUCCAAUGUCCGUGUCAUUCCAAUAUCCUCAACUAGCUUGAGAGUGACAUGGCAGCCCCCAGAUGGUGUCCGGACGGAAAGAGCAGGUCUUGGUUAUUACAUCGGGUAUAAAGUGACCAACUCGUCAGAACCCUUCCGUUACCAAACUCUGGAGCCUUCAGCAGCUUCCCUCUACAGGCUGGAAGCGACUCUCAAAUCACUGCAUAAAUUCACCAGCUACAUGGUCACUGUACAGGCUUUCAACUCUGCUGGAGCCGGCCCUAGAACUACCCCGGUCUCUGCUACCACAGAGGAAGAUGUGCCGAGUGAAGCUCCAAGAGACGUGCAGUGCACAAGCCUGUCUUCUACGUCACUGCUUGUACAGUGGACUUCCCCUCCGCUUCUGUCUAUUCAUGGUAUUCUGCAAGGCUACAAAGUCAUAUACAGGCCUGUUCAUCCUACGAGAUUCUUUCAUCCCGACGAUAUCAAAGAGAAGACCAUAGUAGCGCUGAGAACACAACUCAAUGGAUUGGACAGAUACACCAAUUACAGCGUGACCGUUGCUGCAUACACCAGGAGGGGCAGCGGUAUACGCUCGGACCCUGUCUAUUGCAUUACCGAAGAGGACGUGCCAGGUCCCGUUGAAUCGGUGAAGGCACUGGCGGUGGACAGCCAGAGCGUGUUGGUGGCAUGGAGACCUCCCAAGGCUCCUAAUGGCAUCAUAACCAAGUACACUGUCCACCUCGACCAUCCGGACCAGCAAGUACGCCAUUGCGCAACUCUCAAUUGUAGAACAUUUGCCGAAUUACUUAGGAUCAAAGUAGCACCUUCUUCCUCGUGGGGUGGUGGAGGAGGAGCAUCCUGGGGCCUUCCUGGAUCAAGGUCAUCUGCGGGGUCAUCGUGGGACGUGGCUGGAGUUUCCUCUGAGACUGGUGGGCGAUCAUGGGUAGUCUCUGGCUCCGAACGCCAGUACCUGGUGGCCAAUCUGUCGCCCACUUCCACUUUCGGCUUCACCGUCAGGGCAUCAACACUCGUAGGAGAAGGUCCUCCGGGGACUAGGGUUACUCAGAGGCCAAGGCCUGAUGCCCCUGCAGCUAUCGCAUCUUUCUCAGAUAAGACGAUCGCUGUUUGGGGAGAAGAGCUGAGACUUGCUUGCCGUGUUGUGGGCAAUCCAUCGCCCGUGAGAACUUGGACGAUCAACGGGAAAGUCGUUCCCUCCGGCAGCAACCGCAUCAAGGAAUAUCCGGACGGGAGUCUGCUGAUCACAGACGUGAAGGCGAUCGACGCAGGGAACUACACCUGCACAGCCACCAACAUCCAUGGCUCUGACGCCAUCACUUACAGCGUCAGCGUCCAAGCUUCCAGGGAUCAAGGAGUGCCACCAUCACCGCCACGUGUCUAUGUCUCUGACGUCACCUCAACCACAAUCACUGUCCGAUGGAGUACAGCCAACGCCGGAGGAGCGCCAAUUCUAGGUUAUUAUUUGCACGAGAAAAGGGAAUUCGGAGAAUGGCGUCGGAUGGAGGUACCUGCUGAUGCUGAUUCCUACACCUUGACGGGCUUACAGUGUGGCACGAGGUACCAGGUGUACGUUAGUGCGUACAACCAUGUCGGGGUGUCUCAGGCCAGUGACACCAUUCCCACCAAAACGUUAGGAAGAGAACCUGUUGUUCCUGCUCAGUCGUCGUUGCUUCGUGUUAAUGUGACUUCAAUAGCAUUAAACCUGGCUGCGUGGCUCGAUGGUGGGUGCCCCAUCACCUCUAUGGUCAUCGAAUACAGGGAACGUGGGAUGCCCUCUUGGACACUGGUUUCCAAUCACGUUCGCUGGGAUAACACGAGCGAAUUCUUAGUGUUGGACUUGAAACCAGCAAUGAGAUACACCUUGAAGGUGACAGCUCAUAAUUCCGCUGGAUCGUCCAUUGCGACUUACCCAUUUACUACUCUUACUCACUUAGGAGCGACAUUGUCACCGAUCAUCCACGAUGCCGUUGGCGUUCCUCCUUGGUAUUUAGAUUCACAUGUUUUAGUAGCAGUAGUUAUCGCUUGCAUUUUGGUGCUAUUAGCUGUUUGUGUGGCUGUUGCCUACACUUGCCGCAGAACUCGCACGCAGACACAGACUUACAAAGAGGUAAAUCACGUACACAAUGACUUGACCCCUGACUCGGGGCUGACCUCAGAUACUAUGCUGGGAGGUCACAGCCUUGAAAUCCUAGAGGCAUAUACACCUUCAACUUUGCCCCUGGGGUCCUACGAUGAGAUUUCACCCUACGCGACGUUUAGGAUGCCCGGAGAGAACAACAAAACGCCACCUCCACCGCCCCUACCUUCGCGUGCUGACACCAACUCCAGACUGAUGCCCUCCCUCCUACAGCCCGUGGCGAGUGUGGUGGAGUCCGGAUACAGCCGGGUCAAGAGAAAAGGGCCACAACUUCCUGACGGAGGCCUGCCGCCGACCUCUCGUACAGCUCAACCAGACCACACCUAUGAUAAGAGCAACAAGGCAGCCAAGGGCAAGAACGUCUCCAGGUGCCCCUCUGUUACAGAGAAAGCUACCAGCAAGGAAGCCAGUGGUUCAUCUGUGACGUCAGUCAGCAGUAACCACGAAGAGCUUGUGAGAGCGUAUCACGCCCACGCUAAUGAUACACCCACGACACCUGAGUCAGGUCGAAGAAAUAAAUGUGGUGUUGCAACAAGUAGCGAGGUGACCACAGAAUCAGACACGACAGCCGAGCCCGACUUGGUCUCAUUUUGUGCAGCUAUUGGAAAUUCUCGCGCUCUAAGGGUUCCAGCGCUUUUUAAACCAGCUGAUGGCGACUAUUCCACCGUGGCUGACAUGGUCGGUGGUCGGUCCCGCACCGAAUCGACAACGAGCCACGAGGAAAGCUCUGAUGAGGCCAAGGGGUCCCGCUCUCAUAGGAGACCCCCCAGGGGGCAAGAACCUAAUGCCAGGCAACAAGGGCACAGGCCUUCCAGAGGGGAUCCUGAUUACAGUUACGCCAGGCCUGUCAAGAAACAGGGGCCACCGCCCCCACCUCUCUCUUCAACAGAGAGUAACAGUGCGGAGUAUGCUGAUGGUUGGCCCAGUGCUGGCAGCGAGGAGGCCUACAGUCGUAGGCACACGCUAGAGUUCUCAGAGGCCGAAUGUGAUCAUCCAUCAGCAAAGAAAGGUGUUGAGCCCCUGGAUCAACUAAUGGUCGACCUCGAGAUGGAGAAGAUUGUUUUCGACACAGGGAAAAACCCAAAGGUUUACACGACCGCUCUCUGACAUCAGUUAUAACGGUUAUAAACCUUGGGUUAGAGAGAUUCGAUGAUUCGACAGUGUGCUGAGCCCUGAUUCAGUGAUUAAAAGUUAAGAAGAACGAAUUUCUCGCGAAAGAAUCCUCUUCGUCAGAUGGUCAUAAUCCCAAGGGACCACCAAACCAGUUUAUGUCUUUCUUUUUUUGUAACAUUUUUAUAUAACGGAAAGUAAUGUUGUCUGCUGUGGCGAGGUUGUGAGAGUGAGUGCCUGUGCUGUCUGGAAAGCAGCCUCAUGAAAACAAGUGUUGUGAUGGAACAAGAUUUCGCUCUGAUCUUCUGGAUGAUGCUAUUCCCAGUCGUAUGGAAGUCUCCUCGGUCAGGCUCUGCUGGAAAAUUUCGAGUUGAGUCGCAUUGCUGGAAAGGAGUAAACUAAACCAUCGUUGGUACAAUCCAUAUAGGGGCAAUGUGAAUGUUUAACUGCCAGAGGAAGUGAACCUUUUACAGGAACAGUUUCUGGAGAAGGAAGCCAUUUACAAAGUGCUGCAAGAAAAAGACCAGUUGGUAUCCAUCAUAUAUAUGAGUGUGCUUACUGUUAAUAUCUUCGUGAUUAAUUACAAAAAAAGUAUGAUACAAUCAUGUCGAAUUCUGUAUUCAUAUAAUUGCUCAAUUAUUAGGACGUCUUUGAGGGGAUGAGAAAUCUUUUGAGUGAUAGGCUGUUUAUACUUAUGUCUUGGUCAUAUCAUGGCCUGUACUGUGCUUUGUAUAUCAACGGUAAAACUGGAUGGACUGACGUGAAAUUUGGAAAAGCUUUAGAUUUAAAUUGUAAUGAAUAUAAUACAAAGUAACAAAAAAAUUUAUUUCAAGCUCAAAUGAAUGAAAUCUCCCCAGUAUUCCAGUCGUAUUAUUUUGUGCUUUAAAUCAUUUUUCUGUGUUCGUAUGAAAAUUGUAUCAAAUCUAAGCCGUAUCCAAAACUAAUGCCAAUUCUUCCUGUAAUUACGAAGAUAUACACAUUGUAGUACUGGCGAAGACGUUGCAAAGACAUCAGUGUAGCUUGUGAUAGGGAGCCAUUGUGAUAUAUUUUUGUCUUCAGACAAGUUGUUUUGUCCCAAGACAAGAAAGGAAAGAUACGGAUGUAUAGAAAUAUUGUGGUCUAAUGACUGUUGAAUGAUAGGCUUGUAUUAUUAAGAUUUUAGACUUUUGUAAGAGAUACCGUUUUAUUCAUCUUUUACAUAGAUAUAAAAGAGAAUUAUAUUAUACAAGAUUAUUCAUAAGAAUUUUUUAUGUAAAUAAUCAAAAGUAUUCCAUUUGAUAUUGAUAUACAAUCAUUAUACAUUGAAUUACCGGGUAGAACAAAAGGCAAGAAACUUAGUAUAAUUGGAUCCAUUAAUUACUUUAUGAGUCAUAAAACCUGUUGAAGUAUACAACUAUAUAUAUAUGGGUUUUUAUUUUCUUAUUCAUUUACGUCGAAUUAUACUAUUUGUUGAAAGAUUUAUAGACCUACACAUACGUUAUAUGUUUUAAGGGGCGUUAGUUACUAAGAGGUCAUUGAUUAUAAUAGAUGUUGACAAUAGCGUUAUAUUUUAAUGUUAAUAUAUAAUUGUUCGGUUAGAUUAUCCGGGAAUUGAACCGAUUAUUCACGUGUUUUACAGAUAUCUCAAUAAAGAUAAUAGUUAUUUACUUAUUGUCAUUCAAGACGAACUUGUAUAGAUAAUCAGUGUAUAGGAAAGCAGGGCUUGGUGUAUAUGUCUUUUGCAGUGCAGUUAUAUAUAUUUUUUACCUGUUUGUUAAAUAGUUGGUUGUAUGCAGAGCUUCGGAGUCGGUUCACGAGCGUAUAAGAGAUGUUAAGGUUUGGACAGAAGUCGCAAAGGGAUGGUUUUUAUUAAAAGGGGCUUCAGUACAUGGCCUGCUGUAUUACGGUUGUGGUGCUGUUUCUGGCAUGAAAUACAACAACAAUAUGUGAUUCAUACAUUUUACGUGUAGGUGUAGUGUCGAAAUAAAUGGGUCCUAAUAGAUUCUAAUCUGUAUAUAUUUUUUAAGGGAAUGAGAGAAGACUUCGUAAGAAAGGAAUUCCUAUCAUUGAUCCUCUCAAUGAACUUGCUUUUGUGAAAUAUAGAAUCUUUUGUUAUUGAAGUAAAUUUUUGGAAUAUUAUUAUUCACUCUGAAUUCUCCCCAGUAUUCAAAAAUUGUAAUUUGUAUAGAAAGGUAUAUUGGCAGUCGGUCUUCAUUUUUAUUUUUAAAAAAGCUCUCUCUCUCUCUCUCUCUCUCUCUCUCUCUCUCUCUCUCUCUCUCUCUCUCUCUCUCUCUCUCUCUCUCUCUCUCUCUCUCUUCGUACCUUUGACCAAGUGCUACAAAUUUCAGGAGUUUAUAGUAUUUUUUUAAUGAGGAUCAUGUAUGAAUUUCUGGCUGGUCAAUUAGGACCCAUUUAUAUAAUUAUAUUCUCCCUCUAGUUUAAUACAAAAUGAAAGUAUUUGACAAUCGCGCUGAACAUUCAAAAGACUCUUUUUUGUUAUACUGAGCCAAUAUUAAAAUAACUCUCUCUCUCUCUUCUCUCUCUCUCUCUCUCUCUCUCUCUCUCAGAUGUUGAUGUACAUUAAAGAAAACUUUCAGUCGUAAAGCCAAUGUAUCCCUUUAAGGAUCAUGGUUCAGACUUUAUUAUUAUAUAAUAGACUUAUGUGGUGUGUUUUAUAUAAGAUCCAUGUUGAAUGUGUAAAUGCCCUGUUCCUUUUUUUCCUUUUUUUCAUCAUCUUUUCGAUUCUUCGCUUUGCAUGAAGUGUUGUUUUCAAUCUGAUUCUAAUUUCUUGUAGGGGGCGGGGGUUGUAUUUUCCACGGCAAAAUGAUGCUAUAGUAUCCUUUUUUUAUCAGUCACGAAAUUUUUCUCAUGAUCACCAAGUCUUCCCGUCAUAGUCUUGACUCUCUCUCUCUCUCUCUCUCUCUCUCUCUCUCUUCUCUCUCUCUCUCUCUCUCUAUUGCCGUUUGUCUAUUCCUGUCAUCAUUCAUUCAUUCCAUCCUGUUCCCAUGGGAUGACGGAGGUAGCUAUUCUUGGCUAAUCUGAGGUUUGGUGACAAGCAGUUCCUGGACUAGAAGUAUAUAUGACAGUUAACAUAGUUUAUUUAGGUUUGAAUAACUUAGUGGAUGGAUAACAGCUGUGUUGAGCUCUCUUAUGCCUUUCCACCAUAGAUCAUUUGAUGCAGACGGCUAUUCAAAAGAAAUUUGAAUUUGAAAAGAGAAAGCUAACCAAUAGGAGUGACUGUGAACGCAAACGGUUUUUAACUUUACAUCAGUAUCGUAUCUUAGCCAUCCAUUCGGAUAUUAUCACUCACUGUCCCUGUGGUCAAAUUUAUUCGUUUUCGACUUACAUGCCGAAAUUUACCGGGAAGUAGUUGUAAACAUUUUCUGAAUGCGAUUAUAUGCUGUCGGUAAAAUUCUUAACUUUUUGUUUUUGAAUGUCAUUAAGUAUACGAAUGACAUGGUAUGUAAGACUUACUUUCUUAUGUAUAAAAUCUUGGGGGAAAUUACUGGGAAAUUUGAUCACAAAGGUGGCAGUCACGUUAGGCAUAACUGAUACAUCAACAUGCUGCCAAAAUUGCAUCAUUUCUAAAGAUAAUGCCAGCAGCGUUCGAAACCGGCACUAUUGAAAAAACGACGACAAAUUUUAUAGCUCAUAGACGAAAAUCCACAUCUCUGGUGUUUGCGUAAGAUCUUAGACUCUUGGAGCUGCUUCACUCAUUCCUAAGAUUUUUGACAGGAGUCAGAAAGAGCUCUUCCCCUUCUUCUUCGUUCGGGCCACAAACCGUCUCCUCCCUUUUCUCGCGAUCAUCUACCAAUGAGCUUUAACUGUUUGGGAUUAUUUCCACCGCUGCUGAGUGUGUAUACAUUGCAGUCAUCUGUGAAUAAGAAUCCAUUGAAUAAAUGUUUUAGAUAAA